CUCCAGGCUGCCUCCUUCCUCAAUCCUGCAUCGCUGUCCACGUCUGUGCUCAGAUAGGAGUUAAUUGCCAGCGCCGCUAAAAUCAUUUUGCCAACUCGCACUUCUCUCGAUACGCAACACCGACUAAUUCCGCCUGUAGUCUUUGUGAACAGCCAUUUCUAGUCGGAUCCACAAGUAUCGAUCAUCAACAUCUCACCCGGAAGAAUGACGGUGCCAUCGACAUGAGCCGCUGGCAUGCGGAAUGGUGCACGUCGCCUACUGUUCAGGUCGGCGACGAUCAAGUCCCUCGAUGCAUGAAUUGUCAGACCACAGCCCACGCUCGACUCAAGACGGCAGACCGGCCAAAUCCCGUGCCUCGAAUUCCAAAGGACGAAGAAUAUGGGAGUCUCAACCUCAGCUGGCCACCCACAGUCACGUUCACCUCUGGGGAAAACGCAACCCAUCCACCAGCCGAUAAGGGAAAAGAUGAUCAAGAGGCCGAGUUAGCUUCACCUCAAUCUUCUGAUUCGGUUGUCAUCGAUCAUGACGCCACCACUACGCUUUCAUCAGAUGAAUUCCGCCUUGCUGUUCUCCAUGCAGUCGGAGACAGAGGCAAAUCGUAUCCUAUCCAUGUGGACUUGGAGUUACACAAGGAUACGCAGUUCCCAGACUAUGAUGCCGUAUUGUACACAUGGGUCGAUGAGAAUGGAAACUCCGAGCGUUGUCAUCCGAUUUACGUCGGCGAUUAUUGGGACAUCACCUUUCAAACCAAGAACUGCUGCGACAUGCUGAGAUAUUUACGACCAUCUCGAGGUUUGAAACUGGUUUGGGUCGACGCAAUCUGUAUCGAUCAGAAUAACCUAAAAGAAAGGGCUAUGCAAGUGGCCAAGAUGGGUCAAAUCUACUCGAGAUGCUCGCAAGGAUGGGCUUGGAUGGGCAAUGAUUUGGUACGAGAUGACCUACAAGGCUUACCAGAGCGACGAUGGCUUCAUGAGCUUGGAACAACGUCAGGUCAUACUGUGUCGUCAUCGGAAAACAACAUGAGCGCGGAACCGCGACGAAUGAGCGCUGAUAUGGAUAUUUUGAAGCUGUUGAAGCGAAAGUACUUCGGCCGAGUUUGGAUCAUACAGGAACUGGUGCUCGCCCCGCGUGUUCUCAUUCCGAUUGGGAACGUGAUCUCUGCAGCGGAUCAUAUCACAGCUCGCAAGCUGACAACGUCAGAGAAGGAGUCAGCAAACACGCGCGAGUUUUCUUGGAACGACACGGAAGCUCCUUGGCUCAAGUACAUGGCCCAGGGACGUAUCGACGGCUCGGGUCUCUGGGAAAUAAUGGCAUUGACCGCAAAGUCAGACGCUUCAGACUUUCGAGAUAAGCUGUACGGCAUUCUUGGUCUUCUGUCCUUUGGAAGUAAUAGCAACCCAUUACAACCCAAUUACGCUAUUUCAGCCCGUCAUAUGGUUAUUGGGUUCUUUGCGCACUGCUUGGUCAACGAUAGAAACCCCCAGCUCUUCUUCGCGGCCCAAGGCCAUGCUGCCCACGAGGGUGUAUCUUGGAUUCCUGCUUGGGAGACGCAAAGAUCUUGGGAACAAGUAUUCGUCGAGCCAUUCGAGCUGGUGUAUGAUUUUUACCAGUCCGGAGCGAGCGAUCCCGAGCAUCGUAUUAUUAUACAGCUAAAGUAUGACCAUUUCAAGAGAAUCGGAAUUCAAUUCAUCAAGUCGAGCGGAGUUCCAUGGAUGUCUGUGAAUAUACGACUAGAUGUACUCAAGAUGGAAGUGCGCUUCCAUGAUGAGAGGAACUUGCGCCAAAACUUUUGCCAAAUUUAUCCUUGGCAUCGGGAUAUCACUGUCGAUUCUAACACAGGAUCCAUCUCAUUGUGGCUGACAAGGCUAGCAUCCGUCGGCUCGGCUCCUGUGGAGGCACUAGAAGAGUUCAUCGACGACUUGACUCUGUACAGGAUCAACACUGGCCCAGGUCAGUCGUUCUUGAUUGGAAGCCAGCACCCGCUCGAUAGGUUGCUAAAACAUGAUGACGAGCUUUUCGCCUUGGAUCGUGAAGUAAAGCUUGGCAGCUCCAACUCAGACCGGCUCGUCUUCAUGGUUCUCAGAAAACAGGGCGACGGAAGGCACCGACUGCUGACUUGUUUCUCAUACCUGUGUUUCUGCCCUAUGCCAUGGCUGACUACCUAUGAAGAACCCCGGUUUCUCAACGAGCUCCAAGAAAGCGUACAGGUAGCCCGGAGAAAGAUAGAUAGAUAUACAGUACAAGUUGGACAAACCGGUGUGCGAUAGCGGAUUGCCGGGAUCGCUGUCCCUUCCCACCUCCGCCGUGCUAGGUGCCUUUCGGCUGGCUUUCCCCGGGAACGAGGACACAGAAGUAGGUCACGUCUUGCCAAUUUUUACUGGCCAUGAAAGCUUUGAACGGUUGCAAGAGAACGAGGUUUGCGCUAGACGUCGACAACAAGUUAUA